AAAAGGUCUUUGCCAUGCAGUUUGUUACCUCGCUAACUAAGAUAGCUAGCAUAUAUUGAACGGCUGAACGCGAUUCCCUUCCUGCAAGAAUGCAAACAGGAAACAGUCGACUGAUAAAGUGAUUGUCGCGUGACUGGACUAAUGACAUUUCACGAGCGUACGCGCAACAGCCAAUUGAUUUUAAGAAGAACGGCGGGACUUCCUGUGAGUGACGAAAAUUUUACAGUCAAGCUUAGAAGCCCCACCUUUUGUGUUUCCCGCACCGUCAAUCAAAAUAGAAAAAAAUUGACUCGAAUCACCGAUCGCAGCCCGCCUCCGAUUAAUAUAAUCAUGUGUGGCGUGUGAUUAAACCGAGCUUUUUAUUCCAAUUAAUGUAAUCCACGCAAUGACUGCCCCUGAACAGCCAGUGAAACAAGAGGAAAUGGCUGCCUUAGACGUGGACAGCAGUCAAGGCGACUUUCUGCAGCAAGAUGGUAGCAGAGGAGAUCAGGACGCUCCGCCGUCACCGCUUGCUCUGCUGGCAGCUACCUGCAGCAAGAUUGGGUCGCCAUCGUCAGAGGGAGAUAACGGUGCUGCCGCUGUAGUGACGACAACAGACCUCACCUCCAUCCAGUUAACAGGGACGACGGAGCGAUGGGAGGCCUUAACCCCCACAAGUGUAAAAGAGGAGCCGGGCAUCGUGCACAUCAACACCAACACGGGACUCGUGACUUCUAACGGACAGUACGUGCUCCCACUUCAGAGCCUCCAGAGCCAGCCCAUAUUUGUGACGUCGGGCGGAGACGGCUCGGCCAACGCAGUGCCUAACAUCCAGUACCAGGUGAUCCCGCAGAUCCAGACCGAUGGGCAGCUGGGCUUCUCCACCUCCACGGUGGACACGUCCGCCCUGGGCCAGGACGGCGUGGGGCAGAUCCAGAUCCUGCCCGACGGCAGCCAGGCCAUAAGUGUGUCGUCCUCCAGCGACCUCCUUACCAACCACCAGAACCUCAUAUCACAGACUGGCCAUGUCCAGCAGAUCCAGGGAGUGUCCCUGGGUAGCUCUGCCUUCAGCAGCCAAGGUCAGGUUGUCACUAAUGUGCCUAUGGGCUUGCCCGGGAACAUCACCUUCGUCCCCAUCAACAGCCUGGACCUGGACUCGUUAGGGCUGUCGGGGGCACAGACGAUAGCCACGGGGGUCACUGCCGACGGACAGCUCAUUAUGGCAGGCCAGCCGACGGACGGCUCGGAGAAGGUGGGCGAGACCAUCACACUGGCGGCCGGCGGUGACCCCAACGCCACCCAAGACAUGUUUGUGCCUACGAGCUCCGCCUCGGCCACCACCACCCCGUCCUCCGCCGCCUCCCACCUGCCCGAGACGAUAGACGGCACCGGGGUGCUGACGCAGGCCACUGCCGUCUCUGCUGGCUCAGAGCAGGUGGACGCCUCGGGCCUGGGCGACGGCUACCUGCAGCAGCAGAACCAGAUGCAGGGCAUCCAGGUGUCCUCGGCCCAGCCCAUCAUCCAGCUGCAGCAGGUGCCACUGCAGAGCGCCGACGGCCAGGUCAAGGCGCAGCAGAACGUGCAGCUCAUCAACCCGGGCACCUUCCUCAUCCAGGCCCAGACGGUGACGCCCAGCGGUCAGAUCCAGUGGCAGACCUUCCAGGUGCAGGGCGUGCAGAACCUGCAGAACCUGCAGGUGCAGACGGCACCCGCCACGCAGCAGAUCACGCUGGCGCCUGUGCAGACGCUCUCGCUGGGCCAGGGCGCCACGCUGGGGUCCAGUCCCGUCAGCAUCGCCUCGGGGCAGAUCCCCAACCUGCAGACGGUCACCGUCAACUCCGUGGCCCAGGCGGGCAUCCAGUUCCAGCAGGCGGACGAGACAGACAGCCCUGGAGACAUCCACAUCAAAGAGGAGCCGGAAUCGGAGGAGUGGCAGCUGAGCAGCGACUCGACGCUCAAUACCAGUGACCUGUCGCACCUGCGCGUGCGGCUGGUGGACGAGGACGGAGAGCAGCUGGGCCAGGAGGGCAAGAGGCUGCGCAGGGUGGCCUGCACCUGCCCUAACUGCAAGGAGGCGGGAGGGAGGGGCUCCAACAUGGGCAAGAAGAAGCAGCACAUCUGCCACAUUCCGGGCUGUGGGAAGGUGUACGGCAAGACGUCUCACCUGCGCGCCCACCUGCGCUGGCACUCUGGGGAGCGCCCCUUUGUCUGUUCCUGGUCCUUCUGCGGCAAGAGGUUCACGCGCAGCGACGAGCUGCAGAGACACCGGAGGACACACACAGGAGAGAAGAAGUUUGUCUGUCCGGAGUGUUCCAAGCGCUUCAUGCGCAGCGACCACCUGGCCAAGCACAUCAAGACGCACCAGAACAAGAAGGGCACGAACUCUGGCGGUGGGGGCGGCGCGGUGGUGGCCAGCGCCGACUCCACCGCCUCGUCGGACAGCCUGAUCACGGCCAGCGGCACCACGCUCAUCCUCACCAACAUCCCGCAGGGCCAGCAGGACGUGCUCUCCACCACCGAGAUCCCCCUGCAGCUCGUCACCGUCUCGGCCAGCGAGGUCAUGGAGUGACCUCCAGCUCCACCCUCCUCUCCUCCACUCUAUAAUUCCUUCUGAGCUCCCCAUUCGCACCCCCCCCACACACACACACACACACACACACACACACACACACACACACACACACCCCUCUUCAACCUCACGGCCUCAACCGCAUCGGAUGGACUUCUCCUCACUCGUCUCUUUACUUUUUUUAUUUUUUUCCUUUCUUUUGUACACAUGCAUACAGUAUAUAUAUGUACGUAACUAUAUAUAUAUAUAUAUAUAUAUAUAUUUUUAACAAGAGGAAAAGAAAUGAAUGAUCAGUUUCAGCUUAUGUAAACACACACUGAAAUGCCUUAUUUUGGAUCAUAAUCUAAACUGUUUGUUUUUUUGCAUGUGCUCUUCGAGCUUUUCCAUACACGUUAGUUUGAGUGGGGACGAGAUAAAAAAAAAAAAAAGGAUGUU